AACAGGUUAACGGACUUAGAAAAUCCACAUCCGAAUCCGCUUUAAGCUCCACGCUAUCACUAACUACGCCAGUGUUCCGAGCUUUCGCCGCUUUCCAAUGGCGCUCCCCAUCUCCCACUCUCUCCCAUCUCUCACCCAUGGCUUCGUUCCCAAAACCCUAGUCCUAAAGAGGACCCCUUCCUUCAUAGUCUCUCGCCGUUCCGACUACUAUGAGCCGCAGAAGGUCACUUCUCGCCCCCCGCCGCCUGAGGACUCCCUGUCCGCCGCCUCUCAGCCAUCUAGGGUUUAUGUUGGGUAUUCAAUUUAUAAAGGCAAGGCUGCUCUCACCAUCGAGCCCCGUCCUCCCGAGUUUUCUCCUUUGGAUUCUGGAGCAUUUAAGGUGUCGAAGGAAGGGUUUGCUUUGAUGCAGUUCGCGCCUGCGGUGGGGACUCGGCAGUAUGAUUGGAGCCGGAAGCAGGUCUUCUCUUUAUCUGUCACUGAAAUUGGCACUUUAAUGAGUCUUGGUGCCAAAGAUUCGUGUGAGUUUUUCCAUGAUCCAUUCAAGGGAAGAAGUGAUGAAGGCAAGGUCAGGAAGCUUUUGAAGGCAGAACCUCUUCCAGAUGGCACUGGCCACUUCUUUAAUCUCAGUGUCCAGAAUAGGCUCUUGAAUGUGGAUGAGAGCAUAUACAUUCCUAUCAGUAAAGCAGAAUUCACAAUUCUGAACUCAUCCUUCAAUUUUAUUAUACCAUACCUUCUCGGCUGGCACGCAUUUGCGAAUACUAUCAAACCAGAGGACUCCAUUCAGACAAACAAUGCAAUCUCCAGAUCUGGGGUUGAGUUGGAAUGGGGAAGAUGACUCUGUUGAUCAAAUGGAACAAAGAACCACAACAUGUGAGAGUCCAUCGAGCUUCUUGAUUUGCAAGAUAAGCAGGCUUCGAUAUUCAGAACAUCUGUAUCCAAACGCUUGCUCACUGCCUGCGUUGCCUCUGCAUCACACUCAGACAUUUUGGAGUUUUGAGUAAACCUUGAAAUGCAGUGGUUAGUUGGAAAAAAAAAAAAAAUUGUACUUGCUAAGGGUUCACAUUUAGUUUUAGUUGGCAUCAUUGUUCUUUUCUUUUCUGCACUGGAGUUACUUCAGAGUUCAGACAAGCUUGAUUUUACUUAUGUGGUUUCUAUUGCUUAAAUUAGUGGAUGCUUCAUAAUCUCACAGAAUUAUUUAUCAGAAA